UUUUGUCAGAAGAAUGAUCUGUGGAUUUUUAUUGAAUCCCGCAGUUUAUGAUGAAAUAGCCGGAAAAUUACUUGAAGAAAUCAGGGAUCUUGAAGAAAAACGAGAUAUUCUCAAGAAAAGUCUGCAAUUACAACUCAAUAAAAUAUCAAAAUCAGACAUAUCCGAUCUUUUGGAACUUUUCACUGCAUUGAACGAAGCCAAGGAUGGAAUGGGUGACAUUGUCAAAUCAUAUCUUGAUGUAAUUGACAUGUAUGGCCAUCCUCUCCCCAUCAGUGAUCUUCAUGUCAUUGGAUCAGUAGCUUCCUACUGUACAUCACUAUCAAUGCAUUUCACAGAUUGUGAUCUCAGGCCAGCCUCACUUCAAACCCUGGCAUCUGAAUUGAAAGGAUCAAAUGUAAAGACCAUGCAAUUGUGGCUGGAUGGAAAUCCAAACAUGGGAGUUGAAGGUUUAUCAUCACUUGGACAAAUACUUUCCAAUCAAUCCUGUGUUGAAAGGUUGGUCAUUGGCAACUGUAACCUGUCGUCAGAUCAACUACAAGCUUUCAAAUCCUCAAUAGGCAAUAGAACAAAUAUCAUGAAUUUGUACCUGCAAGGAAACACAAACAUGGGAGUUGAAGGAUUAUCAUCAGUUGGACAAAUACUCUCCAAUCAAUGCUGUGUUAAAUGGUUGGGCCUUGACAACUGUAACCUGUCAUCAGAUCAACUACUGGCUUUCAAAUCAUCCUUGAGCAACACAGAGAUAGAGUAUUUGUUUAUGAAAGAAGAUCGUAUUGCAAACCAUGAAGAUAUUGUUGCAGUUGCAAAUCUGCUUCCUAAUGUUACAAAGAUGUUGGCAUUGGAUAGAUGGAAAAUAGCAAAUGAAGAUAAAGAAAUGUUACAGAAUCAAUUGAAUGAAAUUGGAUCAGAGAAACUAGAAAUUCAGUUGAAUUAUGUCACAAAACUCAUGAGUCAAAGAAAGUCAGCAGAUGCUACAACCAAUGUUUUUUCUAAACAACUUCCAACCACAACUUCAAAAGCUGAAUUUGGAUCACCAUAUGACAGUUUUGAGAAUACUGGAGAAAAUGUGGAGACUUUACAAGAAGUAGGAAGCCCCAGAAGUGAACUCUUGCUGCCUGAAGAAGAAGCAGAACAAACAGAUAAAGAAGUAACUGAACAACUUGCAAAGCCAACUCAGCAUACUUUGCAUCAAAUAGAAAAUGUUUCAUCUCAAAGAAGUGGAUCCGACAUUCUUUUGACUUGGGAUGCAGUAUCUGACAGAAACGUUCUAUACAACAUAGAAAUCUUCUGCGAUGAUGUAAAACUCGGAGAGACUCACACUACAAAGGUUCCUCAGUACAAAAUGAAGUCACCUACACUUGGUAAAACAUAUCGUUUCCAAGUCUGGGCCAAAGAUGCUCGGGGAAACUCUGGCAUAAAAACACCGUCGAACAAUGUUAUUAAAUUGGUAAACGUUGAAGUUGCCGGUGGCUGCAUGAGACUGAACGAAUGCAAAGUCACGUUUCCUAUUGGAACUUUCAACAAACAAACAAAGGUCUGGAUGUCGGUUGGAAUUGACAAUUCACUAUGCCCAGAAGAAUACAUUGGUAUCGCACCAGUUUUCGAUAUCAGUGCAGAUUCAGAAUUCCUCAAAGAUGCGAUUGUGCAAAUCCAGUCAUGGUGCAUCGGUCUAGAUAAAGACAAAAUUGACAUAUUACAUUUUUCAAGUAAAACUGACUGGGACAAUAUUAAUCCUGAUCGAAUCACAGAGGAUAACAGCAUAGAAUUUCGAUGCAGAAAGUUCAGCCGAGUUAUGGCCGCCAUCAGGUGGUUGAUAUUUGGAACACAGGAGCUUCUUAUGGAACAUCGUCUUUAUAUUUUGAACAAAAACCAAUUUUAUUUUGCAUUUUUCACAUGCUGUGAGACUGUUCGAAGCCAUGUCAUAUCUUACUUCCAAGAGUUGAGAGGGCAACUUGCUCCUAUCCCACUUCCCCAAGUCUUACUACGAACUGGAGACAGAGUUCGCAUAAAUCUCCAAAUUGAUCCUGAACAAGAAGACUUGCAUUUCAAUUAUCUUAAUGGCUAUACCUUCCGAGUAGACAAAACAUUUCUAGGAAAGCAAAGAAAUGAUUACAUGUUCCGUCUUCUCCCUGAAUUAGAAGAAUAUCCCAGGAGUAAAAUCAGAUAUGAGAUGAUUAAAUAUGGUAAUGACCAGGAGAUAUGCGACCGUGAUUUUGAUUUUCCAUUAGAACCAGUAGAUCAUCAACCACUAACUUACAACUUCUUUGGGGAUUCGGAACAAGUGCACAUAAUGGGACGAGGAAACGUACACACAAGUCAACAAGGAUUACAGCAGGGGCAAAAUCAACUGCUGUUCACAAUUGCUGUACUUCUGUUACUUGUUGCUAUUUUCCUCGCUUUUUUAGUGGGGUGGCCUGAUUCUACCAUGUAAUUUGUUUGUACUACCUACUAUCUAUCUGCAAUCUUUCAAAAUUUAUCGCAAUCUUACCCAAAGAGUCUCUCAAAUUAACCUGUCAACUGCUGGUAUAUACUGAGUUUAUAUAUUUUAAAACAUCCCUAUGAAGUUUAGUAUUGCAAAUUUGUUUGCAAACCCAUAACGAGUGAUAAACUAAGUAGGUUGGGAAUUAAUGGCUGUUAUAAUAAAUGUUGGACUUGGGUGAUGAUUAUUUACUGUUGACUCCUCCUUGUGGUUUGACAAAAUGCUCCUAACCAGAGAGAGAAAAUUAGUAUCUGAGAACUUUGCUGGAGCCCGGUGUAACUUUGCCCUCUCAUCUAUGUAAAGUAACAACAGAUGUGAAUUAUAAAUUCUAUUUAUAUUAUAAUUGCGAUACAUGUUACAAUGACAUGCAAUGCUUAUUGUAAAUUUCCAUUUUUUGAUUUGUGUAUGUCAGCCUUUUAAAUUUUCAUUUACUGCUAUCAGCAUUUCUUGUUUAUCAUGAUUGACAAAACUGUACCUAAUCUUGCUGUAUUGGAAUGGAAUAACAAUCGCAUAAAUAAUUCAACUUAUCCAA